AUGUCAGCUAGAAACAAAAGUUUCAUCAUUGACAUACCAUCAGUUGAUAAGGAAUAUGCAUUUGCACAUCAGCCUAAAUCUAAGAAAAAUGCAUUUCGCCAGUCCCUAGAGGAGGUUUAUUCGGAAUUUUGCUCCAACACUACCAUACAUGGCUUUCAAUAUUUUGGCCAACAUCGUCCUUGGAAGGAGGUAAUAUUUUGGAUUGCCAUGUUUGUGGCCUCGAUCUUCUUUUGCACCUACAUAAUUGUGCAAUUAUAUGGGAAAUGGUGUGAGACUCCGGUGAUUGUAUCCUUGUCGGAGAAAUCUACACCCAUAUGGAAUAUACCAUUUCCCGCGGUUACCAUAUGUCCGGAGACCAAAAGAAGCAUAAAUCAAACGGUUCCUUCAUAUCUACAACUUGUCAACUCUCUCAGAGUUUACCUACAGCAAGGCAAGAAAUUUCAUUCAAAUUUCACCACUACAGACUUGAAAGAUGCUCUCACCUUAAUGCAAUUAUGCGAUGUUGCCACUGAUGCUGGGUUGCCAUCGUUUCAACAUGACGCCCUAGACUACAUAGAAAUUCUCAACAAAAUGUUGCCAGAUUUCAACAGAUACUGUUACAGUGGCAUAUGGUUUGGUGUGGAGAAAAGUUGUGAUAAAAUGUUUAGCCGUACCUACACCGAAGAGGGAGUGUGUUUUACCUUCAAUGGUCUAAAGGAAAAAGAUUUAUAUCGAGAAAAUACCAUGCAAUACCAAAGGAGUUUAAAUUCAACACUACAUGAAAGAGUACAGAUGUUUGAAAAUCAUUCUUUAAGCUGGUCCCUGGAAGAGGGUUAUAAAGUUCAAGGUGUAUUACACACAUACCCGGCUCGUGUCUUGGGUUCUGGAUCGAUGGCGGGGUUUAUGCCCACCCUACAAGGCUUUGCCGAGGACAUUGAUUAUAGUUGUCGUUAUGUGGCUGCUGGUUUUAAGAUACUGCUACACUCUCCAGAUGAUGUGCCUACUAUGAGCAAACAUUUCCUACACAUCUCCAUGAACAAGGAUAUAAUGAUUGCGGUGAAACCCAAAAUGAUAACCACCUCGGCUGGCAUAGCUGAAUAUACUCCUCACAAGAGGCAAUGUUAUUUAACCAAGGAUCGCCAAUUGAAGUUCUUCAAAAUCUACAGUCAGACUAACUGCGCCUAUGAGUGUCUCACCAAUUUCACCUAUCAUUUGUGUGGCUGUGUUACCUUCGCCAUGCCUCGUAGUCCCGAGACACCUGUGUGUGGGGCAGAUAAACUCUCUUGCUAUCGCAAGGCCAACGAAGAGUUAUUGUUUCGGCAAUUUAACCGUGGCUUGCAGGCGAUAGAGGCAGUUGAGGCCUUAGGAGAUUGUGAUUGUCUGCCCGCCUGCACUUCCUUGGACUAUGAAACUGAGAUAUCCGAGGGUAGCUUUAGUCUGGAGAAUACGCUGAAGGCCAUUGGCGAUUUUCAGGGCUUGCGUGAUAAGUAUCCUGGCAUGGUAAUGAGCGCUUUGUGGAUCUAUUUUAAGGAGCCUCAAUUCAUUACCUCUCGACGUUCCGAAUUGUAUGGAGUCACCGAUCUUUUGGCCAAUUUUGGCGGUGUCUGUGGACUAUUUAUGGGUGUUUCUUUAUUGAGUGGAGUUGAGAUAUUUUAUCACUUUACCCUGAGAUUGUGGUCGAAUUUGGGUCGUAAUAGAAGAAGAGGUGUUUGA